AUGAAGGUCUCUAUCAUUAUCUUGGUACUUUGCACCAUUUUGGUUUGCCAAAGUGUUGCCGAGGAAGACCGAUCAGCUCGAUUCCUGAAGUUCCUCAAAUUCACGAAAGCUUCCCGCUUGGCAAACAAGGGAGAAUCUCAAUCCAAGAAGACCUCUGUGUCUUCCAAGUCUUCCAAGUACAGUACUUCUACGAAGUCUGUGGAGAAGCCCCAACCCCUAACCUCCAAGUACCCGACCUUCAUUUCUUCUACACCCAUAACGAAAGUGACUUAUUAUCCAUCUACCCGUUAUUCAACGUUGUACGGAAGAUCUGAAAUUGACGCCAAUUCUGGUGGCAGAAGUGCCAUUCGCCUUCGGCCACCCGUUCAUCAUCACCAUUAUACUCCUCAUCAUCCUUACCCGUAUUACCCGCAUAACGGUUAUUACUACUCGCCUCACCACCACCAUCACGGAUCCCACCUUGGGAGUGUUAUUAGUGGAGCUUUGAGCCAUCUUAUCCAUGGUCAUCAGCAGCAACAUCACCAGCACCAUCACAAUCAACAACACCAAACUCCUUUCAAACAAAAAUAA